GGCUUGUACAUCGUAGCCGGGUGAAGAUGGCGUCUCAGCAGCAGCAGCCCGGCGGGCCGAUGUCUCAGCCCGGCUCACAGCCUGCUUCACUACAACAACAGCAGCAGCAGCAACUGAGCCAACAGCAAGACUUUGAUCCAGUUCACAGAUUUAAGAUGCUUAUUCCACAACUGAAGGAAAGUCUGCAGAAUGUGAUGAAGAUUGCAUCCCUGAAUUUGGCUCAUAACACGACAAUUGACAACGGCAUGUCCAGCAAAAGCAGUGACACAUCUGUUCAGCGCUUUGACAAGAGCCUGGAGGAGUUUUAUGCCCUCUGCGAUCAACUGGAGCUGUGUUUGCGACUGGCAUACGAGUGCCUCUCCCAGAGCAUUGACAGCGCCAAACACUCACCCAACCUGGUCCCAACAGCCACCAAACCGGACACAGUGCAGACAGAGUCCAUGUCUUACGCCCAAUACCUCGGCAUGAUCAAGUCUCAGAUCUCCUGUGCCAAAGAUAUCCACAACGCUUUGCUGGAGUGCUCCAAGAAGAUCGCAGGGAAGGCACCGCCUCAGGGAAUCAUGUAGAUCUGAGUGAACUAUCCCAACUCUUUCUACAGCUGGUGACAUUUAUGAGAAGGAUGAUGGAUUUCAUAUACAAGGCUGUCCCAUAUUCAGAUCUCAGUUUGGGUUAAGAUGCUGUUUCAUUUCUCAAGAUUCUGUAUAUUUGGUUCUGAUUUUUUUUUUAAGCAAGAUAUGUUUCUUGUAAACACUGUGUAAAUAUUUCAGAUAAAAAAGUCAUGUUCUAAGAUGACCAGCAGGUGGUGGCAGAGUUGUAGCUGCCAACUCAUUAUUCACAAGACUUUUGUAGCUUAUUUGUAUUGAAUAUUAAACCUUUGUACUUAUGUUGAAGACAAGAGUAAAGCAUUAUUUGUUCAAAUAUGCAGGUGAAUAACCACACAUUGUUUCAUUUGACCAUUUUGUCUUUUUUGUCUGCAGUAAAGUUUUGAAAGAAUUAACGCUGGAAGUAGUAGAAGGGAAGCGAAAUGUCAGACCAGAUGCAGUAGAAUGAAGCUUCUUUCCAAUAAAAACGGUCACAUGCAUUGA